AUGAGGGGCGAGGAGGACAAGGGCUGUGGGGCAUGGGCGGUGGAGCAAGGAGACAGAGUGGUGGCGGUGGAGCAAGGCGACAGAGUGGUGGCGGUGGAGCAAGGCGACAGAGUGGUGGCGGUGGAAGAGCAAGGCGACAGAGUGGUGGCGGUGGAAGAGCAAGGCGACAGAGUGGUGGCGGUGGAAGAGCAAGGCGACAGAGUGGUGGCGGUGGAAGAGCAAGGCGACAGAGUGGUGGCGGUGGAAGCGCAAGGCGGUGAAGCAAUGGGGAGGUGGCGGGAGGGACGAGAGGCAGUGGAGUGGAGGGCGGUGUGGGAGGGAGGAGGGGAGGAGGAGGCGGAGGUGGGCACGCAGCAGACAGGCGAAGAGAGGAGCUUUCUUGAUGAGCUGGCAGGCAUUCUCAAGGACGGUGAGCUGGCAGGCAUUCUCAAGGACGGUGAGCUGGCAGGCAUUCUCAAGGACGGUGAGCUGGCAGGCAUUCUCAAGGACGGUGAGCUGGCAGGCAUUCUCAAGGACGGUGAGCUGGCAGGCAUUCUCAAGGACGGUGAGCUGGCAGGCAUUCUCAAGGACGGUGAGCUGGCAGGCAUUCUCAAGGACGGUGAGCUGGCAGGCAUUCUCAAGGACGAUGUGCCGUCCACGUCACAGCCGCCACCCACCAUCCACGCGACCACCCUUCCGCACCUGCUCUCUUCCGCCGUCCCACCAGGUGGGCAGAGCACCGAGCAAGCAGCACCAGCACGAGGGGGAGCAGCAGCAGGGGGCGGGCAGCAGGGCAAGGCGAGGGGGCGGCCGCGGCGCUACGUGGUGUCGGAGGCGGGCGAGCGCAUGGUGAGCGCAGCGCUGCGAGCCAGGCAGGCCGCGGGGGGGGGAGAGGCGGGCAGUGCGGUGGUGGCGCAAGAGGCGGCAGUGGGUAGCGAUGCGAGUGGGAAGGGGGAGGGGGGGGAGGGAGGCAGUGCUGGUAAGGAUGGUGAUGGUAGUGAAGAGCGUGGGGCAGCAGAGCCAGGCGUGGGAAGAGAAGGUGCCGGCACAGCAGGUGUGGGCACAGCAGGUGUGGGCACAGCAGGUGUGGGCACAGCAGGUGUGGGCACAGCAGGUGUGGGCACAGCAGGUGUGGGCACAGCAGGUGUGGGCACAAGAGGUGGCACGGCCUUGAGUGGUGGCAGUCGGCCCAAGCUGCAGGCGAAACGAGCAGGCAGGGGAGGUGUGGGGCGGGGCAGUGAGGUGGUGGGGGCACAUGGGAUGCCAGGGAGGGGCGCCGUGGAGCUGCCGCCAUUCCACCAUGACUCUGCGCUUGGCCGUCUGCCCGCUGCCUGUCCUCCUCCCGCUGCUCACGAGGGGCAUGUGUCGCUGCCUGCAUGGCAACAGCCGUGUGGCAUGGCAUGGCAGCAAGAAGGUGUUUUUGGUGCUGCAGAUGCCACGGCUGCUAUUCCUGCCACUCUCCCUCUCUCCACGCCACCUGCCCUCCAUGUUACACCCUCCUCUGCCCCGCAGCAGCCCCGCAUGUUGGAGGCCGCCCCUCCCAGGCAGCACCUGGCCGUGCCGUCGUCUGUGUCAGCGCGCCCCCUCAUUGCGCUGCACGGCCGCCCUGUGGGCCAUGCCAAGGGGCACAGCGGGGCAGGGCAGCCUGGGGGAGGGGAGGGGAAGAGGGGGGAUGGCAGGGGUGAGGCAUGCAAGGGCGGUGGGGAGGGAGAGGGUGGCGUGACAGCGAUGGCGGAAGGGGAGGGAGGCGGGGGUGGCGGGGUGCAGGGCGGAUUGGGCUGCUCUCCCCGCACCCACCUGCUGCACCUCGGCAUCGGCCGCGUCGUGCGCUGCGCUGUGAGCCUCUGCCCUGCCUACGCGCAUGUGAGCAUGCAUGGUGAGGGGCAUGCGCACGUGCAUGCUGAGGAGGGAGGGUAUUCCGGAGCAAGGCAGAGUGGCAACGGCAUGGAAGCAGGCGGUUGUGGUGAGACGGGGAGUGGCACUCACGCUGCCAUGGAGGUGUGGCACGAGCGUGAGGCAGAGGCAGAGCCCGCACAUGCCCCACACAGCUCUCACGGCCUCCACGCCCCCUGCAGUGCGCAUGCCAGCCACGGCGCUCUUGACGGUGCCACCAAUGCCACUGCCGACCUUGCGGGUGCUCUCGGCGUGUGCAGCAUGGAGCAGUGGAUGGCAGAGCUGCAGGGCGCACCGGGGCAUAGCGAGGGUCGUGGCGAGGGGCAUGCAGGAGAGCACCUCGCAGGAGGCCUGCAGCGUUUUCAGCGUGGUGCUGGUGGCAACGGUGGAAGCUCGCUGCACAGCCAGGCGGCACACCCACACUCUCACGGCCACCUGUCGCCGGGAUUGCAUGCCUGGGCCGAUUGCACAGGUGGCAGUGGCAGCGGCAGCGGCAGUGGCAGCGGCAGCGGCGAGUGGCAGCUGAUUGCGUCGCCUCCCUCCCCCCUGCACCUCAUCGGCCUUGACUCCUCCCUCCACUCCCCCUCGCUCCACCCCCCCUCAUACGUCGCCUCUCACACGUCCCCCUCCACCCCUCCCUCACUGCAUCUGCCCCCUCUGUCCCUCCCACCGCUCCUGCUGCCGCCCCUCCACCUGCCUGCACUUCCCUCAUCCGACCACGUGGGGUCGUCCCCCGCGCCCCACGACAGCCGCCUCUCCCACUCCAGCCGCCUCUCCCCCUCCAGCCCACCCACCCAGCACACAGGGGCAAGCAUGGGUGGGGCGCAGGGUGAACGGGAGGGUGGGGAAGGUGCAGGUGGGGUUGCACUGGGCAAUGGAGAUGGGAGGGGGGCGCUUGACCGUGCUCUCAAGGAUGGCGACCCGGGGUUGAGUGGAGGUCAGAACCAUCAUCUCGAGGUGAUUAGGUUCUCUCCAUUGCGUUGGUGA